CAGUUCCUUUUUGCCCCUAGUGACUAGAGCUUCCAAGAGCUUGGUUGACAAUUAUUCUCUUCCAGAAAGGUUUUCCCCUCAUUAUCCUCCACACACCUCCGCCGCAUGUUCAGACGAGAAGCUUCGGUCUACAAUAACUACGACGCGCAUUGAGCUCCAAGCGCGGAACCUGCAGAAAAUCCCAAUGGCUACGACUGGAGUCCUGCGAGAGGGGGGCGACGCAGUGACCGCUUUCCCAGCAGCAGCAGCAGCAGCAGGAGCAGCAGAAACCCUUCAGCAGCAGCAGGUCACUUUCACAACACCAGCAGCCGCAGCCGAGACAGUAACUGCUUCACAAGAAAUUGUUCCAGCAGCAGAUACAGCACAAGUCCCUCGCGUUAUUCGUUCGGCUUCGUUCCCAAGCAUCCUCUCUUUCCGCUUGGAACAAUGGCCGCCUGCGAGCACUACCCAGCAGUUGGACUCUCACCAGCAGGAUCAGCGGAAGCCGCAAGAGUCCGCGAAAACAGAGUCACGGCCGCUUUCCCCGGUCUCCCCGCAUUCCUUUCCUGGAAAUGGCUGCGUUACCCUAUCAAACACCGUGACAACGCCGACGGGGCAGAUUACAGCCCCCGCUAAACCCGCGCUCUCUUCCGACAUUCUCGAGGAUGUUUUUCAGCUUCUGCAGCGACCCGAGCACGCGCACGUAGCCAGCGCUGUUUGCAAGGAGUGGCGCGACGUCUUCGAGAAUCGAACCCGCGACCUCUCGCUUGUUUACGGCUUGCGGACCGCGCGCUGGGAGCCGUGCUUCCGUGACGUCAGCAACUGCAGCUUCGUUACAGGGUGGCAUCCGGGGAAGCAGAAGCUAUGGAUUUUAGACGACCCGAUACUGUGCAUGCCACAGCACGUACGCUUUAUAAGCGCGAACCCCUGGUUCACCCCGGCGCUUGUAUCGGAUCUUCUCUUCUCGCAGAACUUCCAACACCUCGACUCGGGGCUUGUUUCGCCUGACGGAAAGCAGGUUGCCGCGUUGAUUAGGCGGUUUCCGAACCUGACGUCCGUCAGCAUCCCCGUCACCGUCACCAAGUCUUCCGGGUGGGAUUCGUUUGACGACGAGAGCUUGGAGGAAGCCAUAUCCGCUAUCGCCACGUGUCGCUCGCUCCGCUCUUGCCGCAUUCAGAUACGAUUUCCCACAGCUCUAAACUCGAACCAUUUCAGCCUGUGCAAUAGCAUCCUGACCGAACGCCUCGCCGAGAUUUUCGCAUCCUGCCCGCGCCUCCGCUCGUUCCACCUGCAAAUGGACAUGACUCGAUUCGCGGCGCCUGACGAACUGCCCGAUUUGGCCAGCGCGAUUUCAUCUGCCCGUUCGACCUCAACUUCUCCUGAAAACUCCCAGCCGGGCAGCAUCCAAGUCGAAGCAACGGAAACUCCCGCCACAGCCUCGACUCAUCGCGAGCAGACGCCAGUACUGGCAGAAUCACAUUCGUUAGUAGCCCCGACGCAUCGGUUAUCCCAUCUCUCCCUCCCUCUACACCAUCACCUCACCCCCUCGUUACUAUCCUCCUUCCCGUGCCUCCGUUCGCUUCAGCUGCACGUGGCCUGCGCGAACGAAUCCUUUUUCGCCAUCAGCGCUCCGUUUUCGCGACUUCGCAUGUUACAAGAGCUUCGCAUAAGCUUCCACGCCGAUAGGAGGCCGAGCUCGGAGACCCCUCCUCAGGCUCGGGCCCCGAGCCUCUCCCCGAACCUGUUCUCAGGCUUGGAACAUUCGCUUCGGAAGCUGACUCUCAACCUCCGCGUGGGCACCCGCGACUUCGACGGGAACUUGGUCUUCGUACCCGAUAUAACCGACCCCGAUACAGCCAACAGCAUUCGAACAGACGCGAAUACCAAUAGAUUUAGGGUUACGCUUCCGGAUUCGAUAUGGGGGUUGGAACUGCUAGAGGAGCUCGAGACUGAUCUGAGCAGCAGCAAAGCAAUGCAGGCAGCGGCGCGACGGCAGGAGAGGCGAGCUCGACGGGUGGAGUUUGAGAGACGAACCGCCCUGAGAGUGCUUGGGUUCAACGAGGCCGCUACAGCUGCUGCAGCUGGGGUUCCAGUCGCUACGGCUGCUGCUACAGCUGCUGCCACUGGUGCUGCUACAGCUGCUGCCACUGGUGCUGCUACAGCUGCUGGUGGGUCGAUCAUGGACGAAAUGCCCCUGGACGACCCUCGCUUCGCGGGCUUUAAGCGCCUCACCUCGCUAACCCUCACCUCGGACCAGUGGACGGCCCCUCCGCCGUCUCUCACGCACCUGCCGAACCUGACGCGGCUCCACAUGCCCCUUGCUGCUCCGAGCCUGAGCGCCAGGCCCGGGGUGGGGCUGUGGCAUCUGAAAUGUCUGGCAGACCUGUGCAUCUCCAUGGAGAACAGAGCAGACACUGGAGAGCAGCAGCAGCAGCCGCAGCAGCAGCAGGAAGGGGGGCUAACGCACGACCGGGGUCAGCAGGGUCAGGAGGGUCAGGAGGUUCAGGGAGAAGCCCAGAAUCAGCAGCCGUUCCUCCCCCCUGCCCUGGAGUCCUUGACUCUACACGGAGGUUCUAAUAACGGGCAGUGCGGCCUGUCUCGCUGGGCCUCCUCUACAAUCACACAGCUCAAGCUGGUGAACGUCAGGUGCCCACCCGUCCCGGACACAGAGUGCCUCUUCCCGAACCUGAGAGUCUUCCAAGCCAUACAUUCCACUGCCCAGGUUGGGGCUCUGCCAAACCUAAGACACAUGCUGGAGAGGGCCAAACCUGGUUCGGAGAACCGGCUGGUUGCUCAUCCGAACCUGACGUUCCUGCAGGUGGAUCAGCCGAGCAGCAAGUAUUCCAUUCCACCCAUGCCGAAGCUCGAGAUUCUCAUCAUCGACCCCCUUCUGGCUUCUUCCCGAACCCUAGAAUGCCUUUCUUCCUUCACCUCCCUGCGGUUCCUGAGAAUUUCUAUUGUGGGCAUCAAGAGGAAGUGGACGGGGAAAAUCAGCUGCCCGCCGAAGCUGAGGACCUUGGAGAUUUACAAGUCGACGUUUUAUUGCCUUCCCAAUAGCUUUGCUUCCUUCAACCACAUCCGGAAGUUGCGGCUGAUUUAUUGCGAGCAAAUGAAGUCGCUUCCAGAGUAUUUGGAGGGCUUUAACCGCCUUACAGAGCUCACCAUUAGAGGUUGUAAGAGAGAUUAGGAUUCCAGACAGUUUGGGGGCUAUGUUAGCUAGGGUGAACUAUAAGGUGGAAUCCGUCGAGAUGGCAGAGUGAACCAAAUGAAGAUGGGGGCGGUGGAGAGCCAUUGUGGGUGUUGUGUGGUAGGGAUAUAUAAUUUAUGUGUAUGUUCGGUGUUACAAUUUCCACUCUGUAACUACCGCGUACUGCACCCUC